UCCUGCUAUAAAAGGCGGGAGCGCGGGGUGCUCCAGUAGUGCCGAAUUUCAGCACCAUGGAGAGUCCCCGCCUGCGGCUGCUGCCCCUCCUGGGUGCCGCUCUGCUGUUGCUGCUACCUCUGCUGGGCGCCCGUGCCCAGGAGGACGCUGAGCUCCAGCCCCGAGCCCUGGACAUCUACUCCACCGUGGAGGAUGCCUCUCAUGAGAAGGAACUGAUCGAAGCGCUGCAGGAAGUCCUGAAGAAGCUCAAGAGUAAACGCAUUCCCAUCUAUGAGAAGAAGUACGGUCAAGUCCCCAUGUGUGACGCUGGAGAGCAGUGUGCAGUGAGAAAAGGAGCGAGGAUCGGGAAGCUGUGUGACUGCCCUCGAGGAACCUCCUGCAAUUCUUUCCUCCUGAAGUGCUUGUGAGGUGUCUAACUGCCUUCGGAAUCCCAUUGCCCCCACCUUCCCUGAGAGGGCCUGCCUGUCCCGGAGUUUGGCUUUUCACUACAAAGUUUGCAUUUCCCUUUGAGGCAAAGGGGCUCUUUCCCUGCUGUUUCCAAAUAAAAGAACACAUUAGCUGUUACUGUGUGAAGGAUAAUGACUUGUAUGGUGUUGAUAUGCGUGUAAAGUAUUCUUUUCAUUUAUUUGUCUGACAAACUCCUGUGAAUCUUUGUGCAAAGAUGGGAAACUUCACUUUGAAUACUGUAUUUUUGUAUGUGGCAUGGCAGGAUGAAAAUUAGGUCUAGUUAAUUUUGGUAGAUGACAUCACAAUCUGAUAAAUCACCCCAAGCAACACAAAUUGAAGCAUGU